UUGACAGAACAGCUGAUUUUGACUCUUGACCUGUGCUUGGUGGUGUGAACAGCGCUUGGCUCCGCGUUCUACGAAUACGAGGUCUUUCCUAAGUACUAACGUACCUAACCUACCCCAAAUUGUUUUUGUCUGGUUUCUCCUCUGUGGCGUUCCUAUUACCAUUUGUUUACAAUCUGUGUUUGUGUUUCCUAUUUGUAUAUAACACCUUAACCUCAAAUUUUUAAAAGUCAGGAAAAAAUGCUACCAUCUCACGCAAAUGUCAGCGGCCCUGAUAUGGUUUAGAACCAGAUUACAUCACGGUCGCCAACAAAUAGUGCUGGCGAAUCGCCUCGUAGCGAAGCCAUAAAAAAAGAGAAGAAGAAGAAGAACAGCUGAUUUAAUCCCAAACCCCAGACUAUAUUUAUUUUACAAUAAAAAUAUGUAAUCAGUUUAAUUAUCAAAAUUAAUUUCAAAAUAUUUGCUAUUACCUCACCGCAAGAAAUAAUUUUUAAACCUUAUAUUUUCGUUUAUCAUUGCAUCCUAACCUUAUUUCAACAUUAAUAAUUCUUGCUAAUACUAGUACUGGAUCUGCAAUUUAAACAAAUGUGAAAUUAGUGUACUCUAUCUAGUGAUUAAAUGUUUUUCAUAUUAUGCUGAAGAGGAUGACUGAAAUAGACGUGAAACAAGGCCUUAAGUUGGUUUUAUCAAAAAUUGAGGAAGCAGCCAACAAGAGAAGCCCUGAAUUACAAGUCAUAGAACCAAGGUUAGUAGCUGUAAGCAAAACAAAACCAGCAAACUUAAUUGUAACAGCCUAUGAAGAAGGCCAAAGACAUUUUGGAGAAAACUAUGUCCAAGAACUUGAAGAGAAAGCCAACAAUCCACUAAUUUUAGAGAAAUGUAAAGAAAUAAAAUGGCAUUUAAUAGGUCACCUCCAAUCGAAUAAAGUUAACAAAGUACUAGGUCUUCCCAAUUUGCAUCUUGUAGAAACAGUAGAUUCUCAAAAGUUAGCAUCCACACUAAACAAAAGCUGGCCAAAAUUUGGGCCACCUGAAUCAAAGUUAAAUAUAAUGAUUCAAGUAAAUACCAGUGGAGAGGAUGAAAAAAGUGGAAUUCUUCCUACACAAGUAUCUGAUGUAGCUCAAUUCGUUUUAAAAGAAUGUACCAACUUAGAAUUAAAGGGACUAAUGACUAUAGGUAAAUAUGGUUAUGAUCCUGCUGAUGGGCCCAAUCCUGAUUUUCUACGUUUGAAGCAAUGCCGUGAUGAUCUCUGCCAGAGUUUAGGUCUCGAUUGGAAAAAUAUUGAAUUGUCUAUGGGAAUGUCGACUGAUUAUGAACAAGCUGUUGAAAUGGGGAGUACAAAUGUGCGAGUUGGAUCAUCGAUAUUUGGGUACAGAGCCCCUAAGCAUUCUUAGAAUGGUUGUGAAAUUUCUGGAUGUAUGUUAGAACUUUAUUGAAAAUAAAUGCUGUUGAUUUAAA